AUGCUACGCAACCUUCCCCCAUGUUUCUCUCGUGGGCGCUUGAUCUAUUUGCUGGCCAGGGAGGGCUUUGCCGGCACCUUCGACUUUCUUUACGUCCCGCUUUGCUUCAAGGAGAAGGUCUCCUUGUGCUAUGCCUUCAUCAACUUUCAAGAUACAGACACGGUAAACCGCUUUUGGAAGCACUUCUCAGGCUUCAAGAACUGGGGGUUCCCCAGCGUUCAAGUCGCUGAGGUUUGCUGGUGCGCGCGGCAUCAGGGGUUGAGCGAAGCCAUCGAGUACUAUCGGAACAACAGCGUGAUGCAUUCCAGCGUGCCGGACGAGUGCAAACCUGUGCUUUUCUACAGGGGCAGCCGGACCCUUUUUCCGGCACCCACCAAGACCAUCAAAGUUCCCAAGAAGGUGAAACACACGAACGAUGACGGGGUCAUUUCGCACGGUCAGCAGCUUCUCAAUGGUCACUCGUUGGGAGCUGCUCCCUUGCUCACUUUGACCCUGUGA